AACAACGGACAUAACAAUAACAAUUCGAAAGAGCUCGUAGAUCUAUCUAGCUACACCUCUCUUCACCUUUCGAUCUCGAACGCCAUGGCGUUUCGGAGAUCCCUACCGUUAUACGCGAUCCUUCUUCUGCUUUUCAUCCAUGGCGGCCUCUGCUUCUACCUCCCCGGCGUCGCUCCACAAGAUUUCCAGAAGGUAAGCUCCGUUUCCAUUUCCUCAGGAGAUCCAUUGCAAGUGAAAGUAAACAAAUUAACUUCAACAAAGACCCAGCUUCCGUACUCAUUUUAUUCACUUCCUUAUUGUCCCCCGAAAAAAAUAGUGGAUAGUGCUGAAAAUCUUGGGGAAGUGCUUCGUGGUGAUCGCAUUGAAAAUUCUCGUUAUGUAUUUAAAAUGCGUGAACCACAAAUGUGCAAUGUUGUGUGUAAGCUUAAACUUGAUGCCAAAACUGCAAAAGAGUUCAAAGAGAAGAUUGAUGAUGAGUAUCGGGUGAACAUGAUCCUAGACAACCUUCCUCUGGUUGUUCCAAUAAAACGUGAGGAUCAGAUUCAGGACUCUACUGUAUAUCAGCUUGGUUUCCAUGUUGGACUCAAAGGGCAGUACAGUGGGAGCAAAGAAGAAAAGUAUUUUAUUCACAACCAUUUGGCAUUUACUGUCAAGUAUCACAGAGAUUCGCUAACUGAAUCUGCUAGAAUUGUGGGUUUUGAGGUUAAGCCAUUUAGUGUUAAACAUGAAUAUGAAGGGAAAUGGGAUGAAAAGACUCGUUUGACAACCUGUGACCCUCAUGCUAAACACACAGUUGUCAAUUCUAACACUCCUCAAGAGGUUGAAGAGAACAAGGAAAUUAUCUUCACGUAUGAUGUUGAAUUCCAGGAGAGUGAUGUGAAGUGGGCUUCAAGAUGGGAUGCCUAUUUGCUGAUGAGUGAUGACCAAAUCCACUGGUUCUCAAUUGUGAACUCAUUGAUGAUUGUUCUCUUUCUCUCGGGUAUGGUGGCAAUGAUAAUGCUGCGUACACUUUACCGUGAUAUUUCAAAGUACAAUGAACUUGAGACCCAAGAAGAAGCUCAAGAAGAGACUGGUUGGAAGCUUGUCCAUGGUGAUGUUUUUAGGCCGCCAAACAACUCAGAUUUGCUGUGUGUAUAUGUUGGAACUGGCGUUCAGUUUUUUGGGAUGAUACUAGUAACAAUGCUCUUUGCCAUCCUGGGGUUCCUUUCUCCUUCAAACCGAGGUGGGCUAAUGACAGCCAUGCUCUUGCUUUGGGUUUUCAUGGGGCUUUUUGCUGGUUAUGCCUCUGCCCGCUUAUACAAAAUGUUUAAAGGAUCAGAGUGGAAGAAAAUUGCCCUCAGGACUGCAAUUGUGUUCCCUGCAAUUGUCUCUGCCAUUUUCUUUGUAUUAAAUGCUCUCAUAUGGGGACAAAAAUCAUCGGGAGCUGUGCCGUUUGGAACAAUGUUUGCUCUGAUCUUUUUAUGGUUUGGUAUUUCGGUUCCACUUGUUUUUGUGGGUGGCUAUGUUGGAUUCAAGAAGCCUGCUAUUGAGAAUCCUGUGAAGACAAACAAAAUCCCUAGGCAGAUACCUGAGCAGGCGUGGUACAUGAACCCAGUCUUCUCAGUUCUAAUUGGGGGAAUACUCCCAUUUGGAGCUGUCUUCAUUGAGCUUUUCUUCAUCCUCACCUCAAUUUGGUUGAAUCAGUUUUACUACAUCUUCGGCUUCCUCUUUUUGGUCUUCGUCAUCCUCCUUGUCACUUGUGCUGAAAUAACUAUUGUGCUUUGUUACUUCCAGUUGUGCAGUGAGGAUUACUUGUGGUGGUGGCGGUCGUACCUCACAUCCGGUUCUUCUGCACUGUACCUCUUUCUUUAUGCAACAUUCUACUUCUUCACCAAGCUUGAAAUCACGAAGUUCGUAUCUGGGAUAUUAUACUUCGGUUACAUGCUUAUAGCUUCUUAUGCCUUUUUUGUUGUAACCGGGACCAUCGGAUUUUACGCGUGCUUUUGGUUCACAAGGCUCAUCUACUCGUCAGUCAAAAUUGAUUAGUUUAUAGUAGUCAGUGGUUUCGGUUAAUCUCUAUACUUCUCAAAGGAUUCAGAAAGUUUGUGUAAGGAUUUUCAAAUUCAGGUUCUAUCAUGUUCAGAAUCAGAUGUAACCUAUUCUAUACAAUUUUGAAUUGUGACGACACC